AUCCCGAAAUAUAUUUACUAAAGAUACGCAUUGUUGAUCUUGAGUCUGAGAAUGAGAAGCUAAAACAGCUUGUAAAACCUAAAGUUCCUCCCCCACCUAUACAAGGAGAUGCAUCAGUAAAGGAAUUAGUCGACCAAUCCGAUAUACAUAAGCUCCGUUGUGGGGUAUUAGUUCAAGGUCGAGACUCGGUGGGAGAGUAUUAUUCGAAGAUAAAGGGAUGUAAUGAGAUCGUCAAAUAUAGUGAAGAUUUUCUCUGGCAUGAAUUUAUUAAAGGAUUGACGCCAGAGAAUAAAAUAUGUGCUGAAAACAUUAAAUCACGCCCUACUUUUGAUGAAUUGGUGGAAAGACUAAUUCAGGAGCUUAGGGUUAAAGAUUAUCCCGAUCAGUCCGGAGCGGUGAUCACUUCACUCAAAAGAAGAAUUUGCUGA